AUGGCGGCGACGAGCGUCCUGGUCCCGCGCCUGUACCGCGCCCUCCUACGGCUGGCCAAGACGUGCCAUGCCAACGAGAUCGCCAACAAGUCCAUCUACGCGGGCGUGCGCUCUGGCGGCCUGCUGCCCUACGACGGCGUCCAGGAAGACUGGAAGCGCGAGCAAGGCUUUCGCCUGCACCUCGACGUGCUCUCGCCCACGGACGUGCAGGCCAUGACGUGGAAGGACGUUGUCUCGGCGAUUCACCUUAAGUUUGCGACGCCAUCGCGCCUCGCGGACACCGAGCGCAUCGACCGCGGCUUCUCGACGCUUCGCGCGCUCGGUGACCACAACGCACUCAUCGAGCUCUGCGUCUCCAAUGGCGCCUUCACGCCCAAGCGUCGGAUGCCGUCGAUGCGCUUCAAGGUCGGCGACGUCGUCGACGUCCAAGGCCUCGGACGCGGUGUGAUCUGCAACUGGUACUACCCCACGCUAAAGUACAUGGACACGCGCAAGAAGGCCAUCAAGAUCAAGUACACGGUGCUACUGCACACGGACCGCACGAACGAAGAGGAUCGCUGGAAGAUGUACCGUGUGACCCAGGAGCGUCUGCACAUGGCGGAGAUCCCUACAGCGAUUUCAAACCCGUCGCUGAUCUUUUUCUUUGAUGGGUUUGAGCACGGCCGGCACGUGCCGUCGCAAGCGCUUGCACAGCGGUUCCCGGACGACGUCGAGGCCCAUCCCGCGCCGGUGCUACCCACCAUCAUGCAGCUUCAGAACGCCGACGAGAGUCUACUGACACAGUACCUCCGCAGCGCCGACACGACCAUUGUCCGAUUUACUAAAGUGGCCCUCGAGUCGAUUUGGCUCAACGAGGCCGGCGAGGUCGCCAAAGCCGCGCUCGAUGACGCAAUGGCGGUGUACGAAGGCGGCGCCGCCGACCAAGGCAAAGCCAUCUUGCACGACCUUGUCGAGACGUACCCGGACUGGGCGCCCGCCCUCGAGAAGCUCGCGAUGGCGACGCUCGCCGACGAGCACUUUGGUGAAGCCCAAAAGCUCUUCCAGCGCGUUCUGGAUCUCAAACCAUGUCACUUUCGCGCGCUCAGCGGCCUCGCGACGUGCGCCGUGCGGCAGCGCGACUGGACGCUCGCGCACGACACGGCGGCCAAGCUCAUUCGGCUCGAGCCCGACUCGGUGAUCGCGCGCAAGGUGCUCACCAAGGUCGACGAAGCCUUGUACCACUUGCUUUAG